AUGCGCCUCGCCUCACUGCUACUUGGUCUCACUGCUGUGCUCCUGGCAACUAUCAACGCUAACGCUUCCGCCGCAGACAAGACCAUCCCGCAGGGCAAUGCCGUCCAAAACGACAACCAAGCGAAGCUGUUUUUGAGAAGUGAUGACGGCUACAAGUUGGAUGCCGAGGGGAACGCUGAAGAAAGGGGUAUUUUGACUGGGAAGGAGGUGGUUAAGCUGCCGACCGACCGCUUAAACACGUACAUCACGACUGGCGCCAAGUUGCCUUCGGGAAUUAAGUUGACCGAUGCCGACCACUUAAACACGCGACUCGCCAAAGGCGAUAAACUGUCCUCGGGGGUUAAAUGGACCAAAAACGCCCAAGCGCUGAAGAAACGAUUGAUGACGCGCCUAAGGGAGUGGCGGAAGAGAAGCAACGCGUAG